AUAUAUAUAUAUAUAUAUUUACAUGGAAGACGACUCAGCUUCGUAUAUCCGGAUGAUCAUGUUGCAGGUGCACCACUUGAUAGAGGAGUGUAUUGUAUUCAAGAUGAGCAUGGAAGAGUGCAUGGAAGCCCUCUCCAAGCAUGCAAAUAUCAAGCCCAUCAUUACUUCCACAGUUUGGAAGGAGCUGGAGAAGGAGAACAAGGAGUUCUUCGAGGCAUACAGAAAGAGCAGAGAAGAGAUGGUGAAGUUGAGGAAGGAGGCUUCUGAAAUGGAGACAAGGGAAGGGAUUCAGAGGGUGCUCUCUGUUUCUGAUGCUGCUUCCAAAACUGAUCAUACCCGCUACUCGUCUUGCAGUUGCAUUAAUUCGUAUAAACAACGUUAGGGGCCAGGCAUGGCCCAGCGCGUGUUAUUUUCGUAAUUGACUUGGCAACAUAGGGGUAUGUUAGGUAGAAUAAGGUGAAAGGAGAAUGAGAGAGAAAGAUACGUCGUCGUAUGUUCGGUGUCAUGCAAGAAAGAUGAAACAGGUCAAAGGUGGUUGGGAAGCGUGAGGAAUUUCUGUGGCCGGGGGGUUGCAUGGAUUCGCAACACGUUUAGUACACGUGGCGUGUUGCUUUGGAUGCGUGCGUGCUCGAGCAGUACUAAAAUUGUAAUUUCACAAUGUCUAUAUCACGUCAUUAAUUUCCUCUUUA